AUGGCAGACGAUGGUGCAGAUCCUUUUCGUUCAGAGGCAACAUUCUCUUAUACCGUGGAGAAUAUUGUUCAAUUGAAACGACAACAAUUAUCGCCACCCUUUUUCGUACGUAUGCUGCCUUGGAAGAUUAAGGUUAUCCCAAAAGAACGUACCUUAGGCUUUUUCCUGGAGUGUAAUGGCGAUGAUGAUUCGCCCACGUGGUAUUGUAAUGCCAUUGCAGAGUUACGUAUAAAAAGCCAUAAAGCAGGGACUAAACCCUUCAUUCGUAUACCUAUUAAGCAUCUAUUCUGUUCUGAGGAAAAUGAUUAUGGUUAUUGCAAUUAUAUCUCGUGGCGAGAAUUGCAAAAUCCGGGAAACUAUUUCCUUUGCAAUGGAGCUAUUACAUUGGAAGUAUAUGUACGAGCCGAUGAACCACGUGGUGUGCAGUGGAAUUCAAAGCAACGAACAGAUUAUGUGGGCCUAAAAGGGCAAGGGUCUAUUUGUUGUAUGAACUCUUUCUUACAAAGUAUUUAUUUUAUUAACGAACUGCGCAGAAUUGUCUAUAAAAUCCCGACCGAAGCAGAUAAUGCCACCGAUUCGGUAGGACUUGCUCUUCAAUACAUCUUUUAUGAACUUCAGUUUAGCGAUAAUUCGGUUGGUACUGAAAAAUUAACUGAAUCGUUUGGCUUGAAAAUGCUUCAUUUCUUUACGCAAUAUGAUGUGCAGAAGUUUUCGCGUACUCUGUUCGACGAGCUUGAAUCUAAAAUAAAAGGAACUAAUUUGGAAGGCACAGUUACAGCUCUAUUUAAAGGGAAAAUGUUUUCAUAUACAAAAUGCAAAAAUGUUGAUUACAGUAGCACGCGUUACGAAACUUUUUAUGAUAUACAACUAAACGUCAAGGGUAAAAAGGAUAUUAUGGAAUCAUUUCAAGAUUACAUCGCACCCAUAAAUCUACAUGGUGAUAAUAAAUACGAUUCUGGUUAUUACGGUUUGCAGGAAGCAAAUAAAUGCGUAAAUUUUAUUUCAUUCCCGUCAGUGUUGCAUUUGCAUUUAAUGCGUUUUCAAUACGACCCGGUGACUAAUAGAUCCAUCAAAUAUAACGACCGUUUUCAAUUCUAUGAGCAAAUCAAUCUUGAUCAAUUCAUGGAGAAGGAAGAUAAUACCAAAGCCACGUACGCUUUACACGCUGUACUUGCUCAUUCUGAUGACAAUCACGGUGGUCAUUAUGUGGUCUUUAUCAAUCCCAAAUGUGAUGGUAAGUGGUAUAAAUUUGAUGACGAUGUGGUCUGCAGCUGCAAAAAACUUGAGGCAAUAGAAUUAAAUUAUGGUGGUAUAGAUGAUGAGAUAUCGGUCCAGGCCGAUCGUAAGAAUGCCUGCAUGUUAGUUUAUGUACGUAAAUCAGAGAUAAAUCGAAUCUUGAGUGAUAUAUCUGACCAUGAAAUACCAAGGGAUCUGAUCGAGCGUCUCGAUUUAGAGAAACAAAUUGAAACGGCUCACCGUAAAGUAUGGAGCGAGCUUCAUUUAUACGUGUCCGUUCACAUUAUUCUUGAAGAGGACUUUGAGUUGCAAGAAAAAUGCUGCCUCUUCGAUUUGCAUAAGACUCGUCAGCGCUUGUUUAAAUUUAAGCAGACACAAUCCAUUGAAGAAAUGAUGAACCAAUUUGUCAAAUCUUUUUGCGUGCCCAAAGAACGUAUGCGCGUUUGGAUAAUGUACGCGGCCAAAGCACAAAAGUUCUUUUACUUUGACUUUCAACGGGAGAGACAUCGUACCGUCGGACAAAUUCCUAAUCCUCAGAAACCGUGGGUAAUAUUUCUGGAAUUGGCUCCCCCAGACAAACCUGGACGUGCACUGCCGUCUUUUGAUAGCAAAAAAGAAGUACUGAUUUUUUUCAAGUUCUAUGAUGCCCGUAACAAGCGAUUUAAUUACAUCAGCUAUUCACAGCAACCAUUAGCACGUCGUCUUAUCGAAAUUCUGCCUGAUGUAAACGCUGUUUUAGGCUUUGAUUUAAGCACCAAGCUUAGCGUAUUUGAUGAAGGCAACAAUAGCAAAUUUACUGACUUAAAUGAGACGAUAGAAAACAUUCUACUCGCCCACAAAAAUAAAACUGAAACCACUAUUCUUCAGGGCUUUGUAUUAGUAUUUGAAAAAGAGUAUAUUGAUUCAAUUCUUUCCAAUGAACCGCUAAAGACAGCGCGUGAAGAAGCGGGAAAUGAUCCCUCUCCUAAUCAGACUGUUGAAGAUCAUCCGACUCUCGCUGUAGUUGACUGCUCCGACUGUGAAGAGGAUUCAGUCCGUGUAAAUUGGUGGAAAGUGGAAUGUGCUCUCAAUAAAGCGUACUUCGACAUUCUCGCGAAAAAUCCCGGUGCCCCUCCAAAAUGCCGCACCGCUGGCUGGUAUCGAGGACGUCUACCGCUUACUGCAUGUGCUGACCAAAGAUCAGCAGAUCUUUUCAAGCAGGCCAUUGACUCUUUAGGAGAGGUAUGGCCCAACGCAAAGUUGGAAGCUGUACCCUUAAAGAAAUUAAUUAACACACUCCGUUCCCAUACGUUGAUUCCCGCUGAGCCGCAUGAACCUCAAAAGAUUCUUAAUCUUAUAAAAGUGUGUAAUCCGCAAUUACCUACUAUCAGUUGGGAAAUAGCUAAGGUCGGAAAAGUCAAAAAAGGAUCCAGGGAGGUGACCAUUCUUCUUAACAAAGAAUCAUUACCUCACCUUGAUGCAACCAAUAAAGAGAUUUUUUAUGGUUUCACUACGAUUUCCCUUGAUAUAUUUGAAAACAUCUAA